GCGAAUCUUGAUUACCGUCAUUCGGUUUCGCGAUCAAUAAUAUACUUCCUAAACCCUAGCUGUAUCUGUUCCCUCUGUUUCCCUUCCGGCACUCCAAAUCUCAGUUCUUCCGAUUAGGUGCGAGUCGGAAAAUCUGUAUUCAUGGCGUCGGCGGAUCAAACAGUGUUGCAGUUCGUUCCACUGUCCAGUAGCUUGUCAGCCAAGGUUCACCCUCUUGUAAUCUUCAACAUCUGCGAUUGUUUUGUGAGACGACCAGACCAGGCCGAGAGAGUCAUUGGAACGCUUCUUGGAUCCAUUCUCCCUGACGGCACCGUUGAUAUUCGUAAUUCCUAUGUCGUUCCUCACAAUGAAUCGUCUGACCAGGUUGCCCUGGAUAUAGAUUAUCAUCACAACUUGUUAUCUUCUCACCAGAAGGUGAACCCUAAAGAAGUGAUUGUUGGAUGGUUUUCAACUGGAUUUGGUGUCACGGGUGGUAGUGCUCUUAUUCAUGAGUUCUAUUCUAGAGAAGUUGCAAACCCCGUUCACCUGACUGUGGACACUGGAUUCACCAAUGGGGAGGCUUCCAUAAAAGCAUUUGUUUCUGUUAACUUGUCUCUGGGAGAUCAGCAACUUGCUGCUCAGUUUCAAGAAAUACCUCUGGAUCUGCGUAUGGUUGAAGCCGAGCGUGUUGGAUUUGACAUCCUCAAGGCCACAGCAGUUGACAAACUCCCGACUGAUAUGGAAGGAAUGGAAGCCACAAUGGAAAGAUUGCUUCAAUUAAUAGAUGAUACCUACAAAUAUGUUGACGACGUUGUGGAAGGUCAUGUUGCACCAGAUAACAACAUUGGAAGAUUUAUAUCAGAGACUGUGUCGUCCAUUCCUAAGCUAUCUCCAUCGGCUUUUGACAAGCUUGUGAACGAUAGUCUACAGGACCAAUUGCUGUUACUAUACUUGUCAAGCAUUACAAGGACACAACUGAGCUUAGCAGAGAAAUUGAACACAGCUGCCCAGGUCCUGUAAUCAUCUUGCUCUUUUCCACCAAAAGACAAGAUUUUGUGGUUUUGUUAGGAAAUGGUUGUAUCGCUUUCUCCUACAACAUGUAAMAGCGCACACGCAAGAUUAUUUUCUGCUGCAACUGAUGUUUAUGGAUGCUACUAUAAAUUGAGGUUUAGAUUCAACAACCUGUUUACUGCUGUUAUUAUUCUUUUUUCGGGAUCUUUCAGUUUGAAUGUUUACUUGUUCGCAGUG